CCGCCCGCCCCCCGCCGGGGCCGGGUCUGGGGCCGGGUCGGGCCGGGCCGCGCCGCUCGGGGCGCUGAGGGAUGGAGGCCGCGCUCGGGAGCCCCCCGCCGCCCUCCAUCGAGGCGUUGCGGCGGGCGCUGGCGGCCCCGGGGCUGCCCGACGGUCCCUUCGGCUGCCCGAUCUGCCUCGACCUCCUGAAGGACCCGGUGACGGUGCCGUGCGGGCACAACUUCUGCCAGGGCUGCCUGGGGGCGCUCCGCCAGCGGCCGGGCCCCCCCGAGGGCAGCGGCGGGGCGGGCGGGGCCGUCCGCUGCCCGCUCUGCCAGGAGCCCGUCCCCGCAGCCUUGCGGCUCCGCAAGAACCGCGCCCUCUGCGAGGUGCUGCCGCUGCUGGCGGCCGCCGCCGCCGCGUCCCCGCCGUCCCCCGCCUCCCCCCCGUCCGCAGCCGCCGGGUCCCCCAUGGCGCCGGGAGCCACCGAGGAGGAGGAGGCGGCGGGGGAGGAAGGAGCGGCGGUGCUGUGCGACGUGUGCCCGGCGGGGUCGCGGGUGGCGGCGGCGCGGUCGUGCCUGGUUUGCCUGGCUUCCUUCUGCGGAGCCCACCUGGAGCCGCACCGCCGCGCCCCCGCCUUCCGCGCCCACCGCCUGGUGGCCCCGCUGCGGCGGCUGGAGGAGGGGCUCUGCCCCCGCCACCUCCAGCCCCUCGACGGCUUCUGCCGCGCCGAGCAAACCUGCGUCUGCUCCCGCUGCUGCGCCCACGAGCAUCGCGGCCACGACGUGGUGUCCCUCGAGCGGGAGCGGGAGCACAAGGAGGCCCAACAAGCCAAAUUCCUCAGCGAUGUGGAGAACGAGCUGGAGGAGCUGGCAGUCACCAUCGCGCAGGCCAAGAAGAUGGUGGCGCUCAUUAAGGGUGCCGCCUCGAAGGAGAGGGAGAGAGUCGAGAAGCUCUUUGCAGAAGCCUCUGAGGUCCUGGCGACCUUCCGGAAGGAGGUGGCCGGUUUCAUCGAGGACGGGGAGCGCUCCAAGCUGGGGGAGGCCGAGGCCGAUCUCCGCUGGAAGGAGGGGAGGCGAGCCAAGCUGGCCCAGUGCAAGCAAAACCUGGAGAACGUCCCCAGCACCGACACCAUCUACUUCCUCCAGGAAUUUCAGGCCUUAAAAGUAGCCAUGGAAGAAAACCUCUCCCCGGCUCCGAGCUUCCAGAACGAGCUGAACUUCACCAAAUGCACCCAAGCCGUGGGCGCCGUGAAGGAUGUGCUGUCUGCUGCAUGCAAAAGCCAGUGGGACCAUUUGCAGGGGAAAGAAAUCGAUGGGCUGAGUUACCAGGAGAUGGACAAAGCGUUGGCCAAGUCCCAGCUUCCAGACAAGUCAAACAAUCCUGCCUGCCUGGAGAGCCGUGAUUACUUCCUGAAAUUUGCUUUCAUCAUUGACCUGGACAGUGACACGGCCGACAAGUUCAUCCACCUAUUUGGCACCAAAGGGGCCAAGCGGGUGCUGUGCCCCAUCCCCUACCCGGAGAGCCCGACCCGGUUCAUCAACUGUGAGCAGGUGCUGGGUGUGAACCUCAUGAACCGGGGCAACUACUACUGGGAGGUGGAGCUCAUCGACGGCUGGGUCAGCAUCGGCAUCAUCGCCGAGGACUUCGACCCCCGCGAGGCCUACAACCGCGGCCGCCUGGGGCGGAACGACAAGUCCUGCUGCCUGCAGUGGAACGGGGAGAACUACGUGGCCUGGUUUGGUGGCUUUGAGUCCGUCAUCCAGCAGCCGUUUUUCCACACAAUUGGGGUCUUCCUGGAGUAUUCGGAGAAGGCCCUGACCUUCUAUGGAGUCAAGGACUCCAAGAUGACCUGCCUGCAGCAGCUCAAGGCCUCCCAUUUUACCAAGGGUCAGUUUGACCCCUUCCAGAACAAGAUCAACCACCAAUUCCCUUCUCUUUUCUCGUUCAAGCUGAAACCAGCCUUCUUCCUAGAGAGCGUCGAUGCCCACCUGCAGAUCGGGCCACUGAAGAAAGAUUGCGUUUCGGUGCUAAAGCGUAGGUAACUGCCCAGAGAGCGGGAGCGCAGGAAGACCCAGAAAAGUCUCUCCUGCGCUGUAUUGCCGCCAUCACGGCUUCUCUUCGGUAGCGUUGCAUUUCUCUGUGGCAGUCCUCCCUCCUCGCCCUGUUCUGUUUGUGACCCGGGGUGGAUGAAGCCGUCUGGCGGGCAGAGCCACGGGCUGGGAGCCAGCAGGGAGCUGGAUCCAAGCGCCGGCUCUGCCGCUGGGCUGCUGAGCGAGCUUGGGUGAGUCUCUGUGCUGCUCCCUGCCCCACAGUUUCCCUUUCUGGACAUCAGGGACCAUGAUACAGCCUUUCUUGGUAAAGCACGUUGCCCAGGAGAAGUGCCCUGUAGAUCCGAAUCUGUGUCUUGGCCAGCUGCCGGGCUGCCCGGUCCCUCUCCUUAAUAUCUGCUCACACUGCCCCAGUGACUUGCAUAGAUGUUCUGCUUCGUGCCUUAUCUCGGUCUCUGUGUCGCUGCUGCUGCUUCUUUUUUAAGCGCUGGCUCGUCGACACCUUCCACAUACUCCUUAUGAAGUGCCUUUGAAGUAGCAGGGCCAGCAUGGACCGGGCGUACCCCCAAAGCAGAUGCGGUCGCUUCCCCGGUGCCCGCAUCGCCGCCGUGCCUUGGGGUGGGUGAGCAGGGUGCUCCGGGUGGGUGGGACGCAGAGGAGCCCGGCUGGGUGCAGAGGCGAUGCCGCGGUGAGCUCUCCCUGCAGGGCUGAUCGCCCGUUAGCGCUGCAAAUGUGAAACGAGGACCUUUGCCCUCCCUCGCGCUGCAGCCAGCGGGUGUUUUGAACACUGGUCUGGGGCCAGGCUCGUUUGGGAAAAGCCGUGGUCCCACGUGUGUUGGAGCCCCGUGGCUGUGGGGCUGUUCCCCACCACAGCCAAAAAUCCCAGCUGGGCAAGGGGAGAAACCUCCUGUCGAGGAGCAGCAGCACAGGCUGAGAGACAAAAAUGCCAGUUCACGUGUCCUAAGGGAGCUUUUCCAGAAGGAAAAUACAGACAUACCGCCUGUAAGGGCAACACAGGGCAGCCUUGUCUCAGCACAGUGUGCCUUUCCACGAGUUUAUUUUUUCUGGGAUUAGUUUGCUACCUACCUCCUGAAGCUUGCUUUACAGAAUCAUAAUGCUGUGUAAUAUAUACCUAGAGAGAAAAUAUACUGGGUCAGGUUCUUCACUGGUGUGAGUGAAUUGGUGGUGACGCAUCAACAGGGAUGGAAAAUGGCCCAUUUACCUAAAUAUAUGAAAUAUAUAUUCCCCAAAAGGUAAGGUGGAGAUCAUAGUGGUAUAUUCAAGGGGAACCAAGGGAAAAAAGUGAACGUGAAUAAAAAGGGCUGCCACAAAGCCGGGACGUUUACAGUUAAAGCCACAUUUAAAUAAACACUCGGGCUUAAAGAGCUCCUCUACUGUAACUCGUUUGCCAGCGCUGCCAAUUCCUGCUGGUGCCCGAAGAGGGGCUGGUCCCCAGCAAACAGCCGCCGCUUCGGGCUCUUGUUGGAGGGGCUGAAGGGUCUGAAUGCAGCCGCCCCCUCCCCAGGGCAGGGCAGGUGAGUGGGUUUGGGGCGAGGGACGGCUGGGAUGUGUCUGCAAAUCCCUCCUGUUCCUCCUCCACAUGCGGUGACUCCUAAAAUGCUGCAGGCGGUGGUAAAAAGGGAUGUAGGGCUUCCAGAGUGAAAUCUUCAGAUGAAGACUUGGCCAUUUCUGCCCAGUGGGAGUGCUGCCCGGACUUCUGUCCAGAUGGGAAUUCGCUCCCCAUGCCCUGAGCUCCUACCUCAAACCCGCUUUGUUUGGCUCACACCAGUCGCUCUCCUGCAAAACUCAGCCUUUGCACGAGAUGUCAGCGGUGACAUAGCGCAGGCACCGCUGCUGUUUUGCUAACACGGGAGAGGAGUCGGUACCAGAAAUGCCUUACCAGAUAAGAAAGGUAGAGAUGUGCAACAGCCCAUGCGUGGUCACGUCCCGAGAGGAGGAGGAAGGUAACCUUGAUCUCAGCUGCGUGCCUGCAGGAAGAGAUCUCGCAUGUGGGCUCCCGUCUCGGCUCUGGCUGGGCCCUAAAUCUCAUGUAUUCAGGCAAAACUCCCAACGUUCGCAGCGAGGAGUUUUGCCAGAGUAAAUAGAGCAGAUCUGGGCCUUUGCCCCAUCUCGUUUUGCCGUAGGCGGAGUGAUUGCUCCAUGGGGAAAUCCGUGCUCGAGCCACGCACCCCUCCCUUCUCCGCCCAACGCACACACGCAAGUGUCUGAACUCCAGGGUUUGGGGUGGUUUGGCGGGAUCCUACAUCUUUCCCUCUCCAUCCUGUAACCACAUGGGAGCAGCUCAGGAGGACGCGUCUGGUGUUGGGGCUUUGCUUCUGGUUGUGCCGCUGCUUUUGCUUAAUUCACCUCUGCCCCAAGAGCUGGGAUGCUGAUAGGCAGCUGUACGGAGGGUUUUGAGGGAUGCGAUGCAGUUGGGAAGUGCUACCCAACCCUCUCCUUCCUGCUGCUGGCUUCUAUCCUGGCUGGAAGCUCUAGAAAUCCUCAUGGUUUAGGGCAUAAAGCACAUUCUGACCCAUUUAAGACGGGAGGAAUCCCCCCAGGGUGCUCUGCGUUGCCAAUAAUUUGGUGUGUAAACUGGAAUGAUUAGGAAAUGUGCACUCUGCCAGCUCUGGAUCGCUGAUUUUUUUUUUUGCUGCAAAAGAGCUAAAUACAGCAUGUGGUGAGUUUAGAUGGAUAGAUAGCACUAGGCAAUUUAAACAGCCUUUUUGUGUUCCCUUAUUUCUACUGUCACAGAGUGUUCCUUUUUCUAAUUAGGAUUUUUAAAAUAUAGUUACUGUAGAGUAUUUUACAGUGUGUGAAAAAGCUGUAACAGAAUAAUAUAAUGAUGUUAGAGACUAUGAUUUGUGAUUAAAUAUUAUACAGACA